AGGCGCCCCGGCCCCGCCUCCCUGCCCGCGGCCGCUCUUUAAGGUGCCUGAGCCCGGGCGGCUCCUCGGCGCGGCCGGGAGGUGAGCGGCGGCGGCGGCGGCGGGGGACGAGGAGGAGGAGGAGGAAGAAGGAGCAGCAGCGGCUGGCUCCCGCUCCGGUUCGAUUUCCAGACGUUUCACCGGCGGGUCGGGGAAGGAGCGGUCGCGCGUCCGCGGCUUCCUGUCGCCGUGCCCCGGGCUCGGGGGUCACUGGGCAGCCUCCGAGGGUCCGGCCUUCCAGAAGGAGGAAGAUGAGCGAGUCCAGCACAAAGUCCAGCCAGGCCCAGGCCUCCAAGCAAGACAAAGACGGAUCUGAGAAGAGAGGGAGGGGUCGGCCCAGGAAACAGCCCCCGAAGGAGCCCAGCGAGGCUCCCGCUCCCAAGAGGCCCCGAGGCCGCCCGAAGGGAAGCAAGAACAAGGCGACCACCAAGGGACGGAAACCUGCCACGCCCCCGGCGAGGAAACCCAGAGGUCGUCCUAAGAAACUGGAGAAAGAGGAAGAGGAGGGUAUUUCCCAGGAGUCCUCAGAAGAGGAGGAGGAGGAGCAGUGACCCUUAGCCAUGUGGGGCUGCUUCCCCCCGUGGGCACAGUGGCUCCUGGGAAACGAAUCAGAAAACCCCUCUCCUCUGCCCACCCUCACUCCCUCACUUCCCCGAUACGCUCCUGGGCUCCUGGAAACGCGGUGGGAAUCCCCACCGUGGACCUCUGGCCCGGGGCCAGCCACUGUUCUUGUUUCCCGUUGACAAGGCUGAUUGCGAUUGGCCAGCUAGCACCCCUCACCCCCACUCCACCCCCCCCCAGCCCGAUGCCUACUCUCGCUUUUGGGCUCCCCCUCCCCACUGGCCCUCAGGGGGGCAGAGAAUGGGGACCGAGCUGGGCUUGUACCCCAUACAGCCUCACCUGGCCCGUCUCCCCAAGUCCCCAAGUAACGCUGCUGUUUUGGCCCCUUCUGCUCCCAGCCCUCUUCCCCGAGCCCGAGGAGGCAUCCCGGAUUCCCCUCACUCUGCCCACCCCCCGAGUUCUGCAUGCAUCUGCCUGGGGCCACGGCAGCCCACCCAAAGGGGCUGGGCAGGCCUGGGCUGCUGGGCUUCUGUGUCCCCAACUGUAAGAGGGGGCUGGGUGAGGGGUCCGGGCCUUUGUUUCCCCAGCCGCCUGUCCCCAUCGCGGGCUCUAGCGUUGCCUCAGCCACUCACAAACUACCUCUAGGUGACUUCAAGUUUCUUUCUCAACCGCGGCGGCGGCUACAGCUGCUGCCGCGACCGCUGCUGACCCUGGUUUAGUGACUUACAUUUUAGUGUGGCUAGUCUGGCCUCUCCUCCUUGCCCUCCUCUGCCCUGCCCUCCGCCCCUCUGAAAAUCCCGGAAGGAGCCCUGGAGCCAGCAUUGGCCGCUUUUAAGGGCUAUGACCUACGGGGAAGAGGACCUGGGCAACCCCAGAGGGGCAGGGGCCAGCCUCCUCCCCACUGUCACCUCCCCUCCCCCUCAGGGCCGCCUCCCAGGCUGAGCUGCCUGGAGGGGCACAGUCUUAAAGGCUGGGGGCCUGGAGAGGGGGCAGGAGGCACCCCUCAAGAGAUGUCUUUAGUUUCCUAUUUGCAGUUACUUGAAUAAAGAUCUUUUCUGGA